CUCCCAGUGUUUCCUCGUCGUCCAAUAGCUUCGAGAGCUCCGCCAUAUGACUGGUGACGAGCGUUUAUUUUGGCUCUGCCCCUGAUUUGUCGAGCCGUCGUCGCCAUUAAACAGGACGGCGACCGUAUAAACCAUGAAGAGUUGCGGAUUUGCACCAUGAACAGAGGCGCUCGGAGACCUUGGCAAGGCUCGCUUUGUUCCCCGAGAGAUUAAUGCGACCGCGAAGGUAAAGAUGUGAGCAAAGGAGGGAGUCUUCUUCAGAUUGGGAAAGGUUAGAUUGAGCAGGAGGAGGGACCGGACAAGAAGAAGGGGUUGUUGUGGUUUGCAGCGGCGCUUUAAAGGCGUACGAAGUCACGAAUCGAUCCACAAUGACGGAACAAAGGGGGAAGUGGUCCUGUGAGUACUGCACCUAUGAGAACUGGCCAUCUGCUAUCAAGUGUACAAUGUGUAGUGCACCCCGGAUGAGGGGUCCCAUCAUCACAGAAGAACCCUACAAAAACGGUCCAGAUCUGGACCCCAGUCCAGAAUGGGACCCUCCCAGAACUGAUCGGGGAAGCAGCCUCCUCAUCUGCCCGGACUCCAGUGCUAGGCCGAGAGUCAAACCAUCCAGCAUGGCUGAGAUUGCGAACAAGUGGUCCUGCCACAUGUGCACCUAUCUGAACUGGCCUCGGGCCGUCCGUUGCACACAGUGCUUGUGUCAGCGCCCGAGGACCAGCAGCCCCACCGAGUCCCCCCAGACGUCAGGCUGCCGCCCUGGUGUUCACUCUCCAGUGGACACCUGUGAGGAGUAUAAUGACAGGAACAGACUUAACACUCACCAGCAGCAUUGGACAUGCACGGCGUGCACUUACCAGAAUUGGCCCACCACUACAACAUGUGUGCUGUGCGACUUCCCCAAGCCCAGCAACCAGGAAACCACGGAGCCGGUCGAGACCGCGGCGCCCUCACCCCUGAUCAUUGAGCAGGACGUGGCACGGUGGAGGGGCAGCUGCAGUGGGAGUCAGCGGAGAUCCCCUCCCAUGGCCAAAAGAGAGGACUUUCAGAGGAUAGAGCUGGCAGCUGGAGCUGUUAGUAGAGAGGAGCAGGAGGUGGAUUUCAAGAAGCUCAAGCAGAUCAGAAACCGGAUGAGGAAAACAGACUGGUUAUUCCUUAGUGCAUGUGCCGGUGUUGUGGAGGGAGAUCUGGCCGCAGUGGAAGCCUACAAGUCAUCCGGCGGCGACAUCGCGCGGCAAUUGACCGCCGACGAGGUGCAGCUGCUGAACCGCUCCUCAGCGUUCGAUGUCGGCUUCACUCUGGUUCAUCUGGCUAUCCGCUUCCAGAGGCAGGACAUGCUGGCCAUACUACUGACAGAGGUUAGCCAACAGGCUGCAAAGUGUAUUCCCUCCAUGGUGUGUCCCGAGCUGACGGAGCAGAUCCGCAGGGAGAUCACAGCGUCUCUGCACCAGCGCAAGGGCGAUCUCGCCUGUUACUUCCUCACUGACUUGGUCACUUUCACCCUGCCUGCAGAUAUUGAGGACCUGCCACCUGCGGUUCAGGAGAAGCUGUUGGAUGAGGUGCUGGAUCGGGAUGUGCAGAAAGAGCUUGAGGAGGAAUCUCCUGUCAUCAACUGGUCCCUGGAGCUGUGCACGCGCCUGGACAGCCGGCUGUACGCCCUGUGGAACCGCACAGCGGGGGACUGCCUGCUGGACUCGGUUCUGCAGGCCACCUGGGGGAUUUACGACAAGGACUCCGUCCUCCGAAAAACCCUUCACGACAGCCUGCACGACUGCUCUCACUGGUUUUACACGCGCUGGAAGGAGUGGGAGUCCUGGUACUCGCAGAGCUUCGGUUUACAUUUUUCCCUCCGAGAGGAGCAGUGGCAGGAGGACUGGGCUUUCAUCCUGACGUUGGCCAGUCAGCCCGGGGCCAGCCUGGAGCAAACCCACAUUUUUGUUCUUGCACAUAUUCUUCGAAGACCGAUCAUAGUCUACGGAGUGAAAUACUACAAAAGUUUCCGUGGGGAAACGUUAGGAUACACUCGCUUUCAAGGUGUGUACCUGCCUCUGCUGUGGGAGCAGAGCUUCUGCUGGAAGAGCCCCAUCGCUCUGGGCUACACACGGGGUCACUUCUCCGCCCUGGUGGCCAUGGAGAACGACGGCUACGACAAUCGCGGUGCGGGCGCCAACCUCAACACGGACGACGACGUCACCGUCACCUUCUUACCGCUGGUGGACAGCGAGAGGAAGCUGCUGCACAUACACUUCCUGUCCGCACAAGAGAUGGGCAACGAGGAGCAGCAGGAGAAGCUGCUGAGGGAGUGGUUGGACUGCUGCGUGACCGAAGGAGGCGUGCUGGUCGCCAUGCAGAAGAGCUCCCGGCGCCGCAACCACCCUUUAGUCACCCAGAUGGUGGAAAAGUGGUUGGACAGAUACCGGCAGAUCCACCCCUGUGCCUCUCUCUCCGACGGCGAGGAUGAAGAUGAAGACGAGUGAAGGUGAAGCCGAAACGAGCUCAAAAAGGACAAAAAAAACCCUUAAACUCGUAACUCACUAUCUACUGUCCCCGCCCCCUUCUUUUUUGACUUGUAACGAUGCAUGUUCUGUGGUAGAUACAGCACCAUCACACCGUACCCGACGACUGCCCCAUCAAAGCACAUAUAGUCACUUGGUUUGCCUGCCGACGCUCCAACUUCCCCCCGUUUAUCAAGUUACCGCCCUGAAGAAAUAUGCUAGAACAUGUAGGAAAAAUCUCCCAAAGCUGCACUACGGAACAGUUACAGAGCUGCCUGAUGGGAAGUUUACUGAAAACUGAGAAGAUGCUGUGUGUGUGUGUGUGUUUCUGUGAGAGGGGGGGUUAUUAUGAUAUUGAAGUUUGAUGAUAUUUUUUUGUGAUUUGGAGGGGGGGCACUCUUGGAUUGGGGAUGAGAGACAACCAAACCCUCUGCCUCUGUCCGUGGAGAGCAUUCAUAAUAAAUUGGACUCACUUGCAUUUGA